GACAAGUGUGAUGCGUCAUACGACUGGCAGGGAGUCGACCACAGCCAGCGCCGCGGCCAGCUGAUUUUUGUUGACAUUUGUCAAUUGACAACUAAACGUAGUACAAAACUGCAAGCCAGUAGGACAGUCCUUGGACACAGUAUUAAUUUUUCCCACAUAUGAGAUGGCAUUGCUGUGCAAACAUGAAUGCCAUUGUGCCUUUGUUAUCUCCCUCUACUGAUGGGAGAACCAUGGGAGAGAUCAGUACCACCACAAGCUUGCCAAUUGCAAUAUAUUUCCUGAUUCUCCUUAGUGCCAUUGGUGGUUUCCUCUUUGGAUAUGACACUGGGGUUGUUUCAGGUGCCAUGAUCUUGGUAAGGGAGGAUUUCAAGCUGAGUAUAGAAUGGCAUGAGUUGAUUGUGUCAGCUACCAUUGCAGCAGCCAUGUUGGCAGCUCUGGUAGCCGGUCCAGCCUCAGAUAGGUUUGGGAGGCGGCCAGUGAUCCUAUGUGCCAGCCUGGUGUUCCUGGCAGGAGCUCUGGUGAUGGGUGCUGCCCCAGAGAAGGUCACUCUCCUUGUUGGACGCAUCAUUGUGGGCAUUGGAAUUGGGUUUGCAUCCAUGGCCGUACCAGUGUACCUGAGUGAAGUGUCACCAGUGGAGAUGAGAGGCAGAAUUACAGUGGUCAACAAUAUAUUUAUUACUGGUGGCCAGGUCAUCUCAGCCAUUGUGUCUGGAAUAUUUUCAGAAGUGGCAAUGGGCUGGAGGUACAUGUUGGGUCUGGCUGGGUUACCUGCCCUGCUCCAGCUGAUUGGUUCUGCCUUCAUGCCUGAAAGUCCACGAUGGUUGAUAUCACAAGGAAGGGAUCCUGAAGCAAUGCAAGUAUUGGAAAAAAUCAGACCAAAAGAUGCAAAUCUGAUGAAUGAAAUUGAACUUAUGAAAGCUGCCUUGGCUGAUGAUUCUAAACAGAGAGGAUUGAGGGAGGUUCUAUCUUCUGCUCCAGUUCGUCAGGCACUCCUGAUUGGUUCUCUGCUACAGCUCUUCCAGCAAAUCUCUGGCAUUAACACUGUCAUGUAUUACAGUGCAUCAAUCAUCACCAUGGCUGGUAUCACAGACAAAUCCUUAGCAAUUUGGUUGUCUGCUGCCACAUCCUCCAUGAACUUUUUUGGGACCUUCCUUGGAUUGUGGUUGGUCGAGCGAUUAGGACGGCGGUCCCUCACUCUUGGCUCUCUCCUGGGCACAAUGCUUUCCUUGUUUGUGAUGGCCCUCACUUUCCAGAUUGCAUACAUCAACAGUCCCAGGGUUAACUUCCCAAACUCUGACUCACAUGAAUGCUUUGCUGAUUCAUGUGGUGUGUGUACCAGCAAGUCUUCCUGUGGAUAUUGCUUCAUGGGUGAUCAGAAUGAUAUACUGAAUUCUACUUGUCUUGCUACUAAUGAAACUUCCUAUAAUGAGAUGAGUAUGACUGGUUGGUGCAGCAAUUCAACGCUUCUAGAUGAUGGUCAAGUCACUUUUGCUUAUGACUGGUGUCCAUACAAGUAUGCAUGGUUGUGUAUUAUGGGUCUGGCUCUUUACCUUCUCUGCUUCUCCCCAGGUAUGGGUCCCAUGCCAUGGACUGUCAACAGCGAGAUCUAUCCUGGGUGGGCACGAGCAACCUGCACGUCCAUCACCACCUCCAUCAACUGGACUGCCAACCUUGUGGUCUCCCUCACUUUUCUCACCUUGACAGAGUUGCUUCUCAAACAUGGUGUUUUCUACAUGUACAUGGGCUUAGCUGGUCUAGGCCUCGCCAUUUUCUUUUUCCUGCUGCCGGAAACUCGUGGUGUGCCCCUCGAAGAUAUGGAGAACUUGUUUUCCAGGCCACUCUCUUCAAGAUUCAGAAGAUGAUCUUUACCUGGAUAUCCCAACAUUUUCUUAAUUGUAUUCUGAUCUCUUGUUCAUGGCAGUCUCUUCGUAACAAAUCUUCAGUAGAAUUUUGAUUAGUUAUUAUUCAUUGUGUGAAGAACAGCUUUGCUGUUUUUAGAUAUUUAUUUUUUGGUAGGUUUACAAAAAUACAUUUUAAUUUAUUCAAGUGUUGCUUUAAUUAUUAAAAAAAUAAUGAUAAGUUAUUUGAUUUUGCAUGUUGCAAUAAUUGAGGAAUAUUUCUGAGUGCAACAAGAAUUUCAUACAUACUUAGGUAUAGUUACGUUAUUGUCAGUGGUGGCUCAUGUAUAGGCACUACAGAAAUGUUGCAGCCCAUAUUUCAGACAAAAUUAUCAAUAACAUUCAAUGUAAUGAAUCUGCAUGCAAAUUUUUUGUAUGAAGAAAAUAAAAAAAAGUUUACCAUAGAA